CAUUCUCGUACAAAGCCGCUGGAUAUUUAAAAGCGCCGACUACGCGUAAGUACAUCGCAGAUCGAAGUUGUGUGUGCGAGUGUGAGAUACGUACUACGUCGUUUCUCCUGCUCUGAUUGUUGUGGUUCUUAACAGAAAGAUGGCCCUUGUUCGUGAACUAUUCGACGAACUAAAUCGCCCAAUGUAUCUGUUUGAUCAGAAUUUUGGGCUUGGGAUGUUGGGUGAUGACCUACUGAUGCCACGCACAGCUACAGUGCCUUUGCUGUCUGGUUACUACCGUCCGUGGCGUCAUGUUGCAACGAGGCACAGCGGUACAUCAAACAUUCAGAAUACAAAAAGCGAUUUUAAGGUGAGUCUUGAUGUGCAGCAAUUCAAGCCAGAGGAAAUAAAUGUUAAAAUGGUUGACGAUUUCGUCGUCGUUGAAGGAAAACACGAGGAGAGACAGGAUGAGCACGGUUUUAUUUCCAGACAGUUUACUCGCAGAUACAAGCUACCAAAUGAUGUUGAACCAGAGGCAGUAACGUCAAAACUUUCCUCUGAUGGUGUUCUUACCAUUACAGCUCCAAAGAAGCAACUGCCUCCAGCAGACUCGAAAGAGAGGGUCAUUCAAAUUGUGCAGACCAACAAACCUGCCUUGAGAUCUGCACCUGGAAAUGAUGGUGACAAACAGGAGAAGAUGGAACAAUAAUUAAAAAAAAAAAAUUCAUUAAGCAACUGUAAACAUUAAAUUUAGAGACUGAAAUAAGUUUGAAUUCUCAUAUUUGCAUUUCUUUGUAUUCCUUUGUAUUCUAAGUAAUAAAGAACUUCUUCUCAA